UGGUAACACUUUGACUACAUCAUUUAUACGAAUGUCUCUCUCUUUUUUUUGUAGAAAUGAGGUGUUUUUGUGUACCUCUCCUAAUGCUUCUCUGGUCUCCCGUGUCCACCAUUGAGAAGUUUCAGGUUGUUGGUUCUACAAAGCAUCUUAUUGUCUUAUCUGGUGAAGACGUGAUAUUACCGUGUCACCUCAGACCCAAUAUUAGCGCUGUGGACAUGGACGUUGAGUGGUCAUUAGAAGAUAAGAACGACCUAGUUUAUGUAUAUAGUAAAGGCAUUGACAGACCUGACCAACAGAGUGAAUCUUACAAAGGCAGGUCGUCAUUGUUCAAAGACGAACUGGAGAAUGGCAACGUUUCGCUAAAACUUUCCAGAGUCCAAUUCACUGACGAUGGCGUGUAUUCAUGCGCAGUUCGCUCCUCAACCUGGUAUCAUGACACCACUUUUAAAGUCAGCGUUGAAGCGUGGGGAACUCGGCCAGCGAUUACUAUGGAACAGUACAGUGUAAAUGGAGGACUCAGUCUCUUGUGUGAAACCGAAGGCUGGAGGCCAGAUCCCGAGAUUUCAUGGCUAAACAGUCAAGGAAUGAGUCUUCCAGCUGAAUACACCAAGUCCAUCAGAGAGACCAAUGGCUUCUCUCUAAAGCGUCGAAUCACUGUGAAAGAGGGCAACACUUUUUACUGUCGAGUGGCUGUGAGAAAUCACACAAAGCAGGCGGAGAUCACCAUUUCCACCUGGGAUAGGCGUAGAAGGAAAAGUAAUUUCUGGAUACCAUUGUUUUACUUUUCAUAUUGCUUUUGUCUGUUUUUUUGUUUUUCAGAAUCUGCAAGGAAACAAAGUGAAGAAGAGUUUGAGAGGAAGAGGAGGACACAUCAUGUGGACGUGACUCUCGAUCGUGACACUGCGCAUCGCUUCCUUGACGUGUCUGACGACGGCAAAGUGUUAAAAUUUAGCGACAGCGAACAGGUCAGAAAUGGAGAGGAGUUCAAUUAUGUGCACUGCGUCCUGGCAAAAGAAGGGUAUUCUACACAGAGGUUUUACUACGAGGUACAGGUCACCGGAAAGAUUUCCUGGUCUUUAGGAGUGGCCAAAGAGUCCAUUACUAGGAAAGGACCGCUUCAACUAAGACCUCAAAAUGGAUUCUGGACUCUGUGGUUAAAAGAUGGAAAUCAGUACGAGGUUCUUACGGAUCCUCCUUUCAGUUCUCCGGCACACGGGGUCAGAAAGGUGGGGGUGUUUGUGGACUGUGUGGAGGGUGAGGUUUCCUUUUAUGAUGUGGAAGCCAAGUCUCUGAUACACUCUCUCACUGAUCAGCCUUUAACCGAUAAAAAACUCUAUCCAAUCUUAAGCCCUCAUGUGAACUCUGAAGGUCGUAACGCAGCUCCAAUGAUCAUCACUCCUAUCAGUAUGCCGGCUUAA